CACGAGGGUCUCUUCCGUAACCGAAAGUGAAACUCAUGAGUGCUUUCUCUGCUUGUAAAACUCCUCGGAAUGGCUGAGCUGCAGCAGCAGGAGCAUGGCGUUCAGCUGGACCAGAAUCAGUUCUGCUGUUCAGUAUGUCUGGAGCAGCUGAGAGAGCCCGUCACCAUUCCCUGUGGACACAGUUACUGCAAAGGCUGCAUCGAGGGUUGCUGGGAACAUAAAGAGAAGAAGGGAGAGGUCAGCUGCCCUCAGUGCAGGGAGACCUUCAGCACGAGGCCUGUCCUGCAGAGGAACACCAUGCUGGCUGAGCUUGUGGAGCAGCUGAAGUCAAGCCUUCAGCAGGCUUCCCCCCCUGCUGCUGAGGCCUGUGCCGGCCCGGCGGAUGUUGCCUGUGAUUUCUGUAGCGGGACCGGACCAUUCAAAGCCACGAUGUCUUGCCUGACGUGCUUGGUGUCUUACUGUCCCGCUCACCUGGAGCCUCACCACAGGGUUCCUGCGUUGAAAAACCACCAGCUGGUCCCUGCUACAAUCCCACUGCAGGAAAAGCUGUGUAGGAAGCACAACAAGCUGAUAGAGAUCUACUGUCAGACAGACAAAAAAUGUAUCUGCUAUCUGUGCGUUAUAGAUGAGCAUAAGAGACACUGUACGGUGUCCGCUGCAGCAGAGAGGGCUGUGGAACAGAAACAGCUGACCGUGACUCAAAAGAAGGUCCAGGAGAGACAAAAGGAGAGAGAAAAUGAGCUGAAUGAGCUACUCCAAGCUCUGAUGGAGUUCAAGAGUGGUAGCCAGCCUGCAAUUAAGAUCUGUGAUGAGAUCUUUGAUGAGCUGAUCUGCUCCAUUAAGAAAAAACACACGUUGGUGAAGCAGCUGAUCGAAGCCCAGGAGCACGCUGCCGUCUCUCAGGCGGAGGAGCUGCAGCUGCAGCUGAAGGAGGAGAUCACCAAGCUGAAGAUAAGAGACACCGACCUGGAGCAGCUUUCUCAUACCAACGACCACGUCCACUUCAUUCAGACUUUUCAGUCCCUCUCCAGCUCCUGCGAAUCUCCAGACGGGCCAACUGGCCCGGUUGUUCAUCCUCAACAUUUGACUUUCCAUCCUGUGACUGACAGCAUGUCUAAGCUGAGGGACGACAUAGAGGGGCUCCUGAAGGACACGUCUCACAGGAUCUCUGCCACAGUUUCAACUAUAGAUGUUGUGCUGCCACCUGUGCCGAAGACCAGAGAGGAGUUUUUACGCUAUUGCCAUCCUCUAAGCCUGGAUGAGACCUCACUCUCCCAAUAUUUGUUCAUUUCUCAAGAACACCGGCGAGUGAUGUUUAACUAUAAAUAUCAUAUGACCCCGCCUAGAAAUUCCAGCCAGGUGUUGUGCAGAGAGGGUUUGUCAGAGCGCUGCUACUGGGAGGUCAGUUUGAGUGGUUAUACUUGGUCAGUAGUAGUGUCCUACAAAGACGUUUGCAGAUCAUCAUCACAUGAAUCAGAGUUUGGAAACAACAACAAGUCGUGGAGUUUAGAGUGCUCCCGAGCUGGUUACACUUUCCAACACAACAGUAAAGGCACGCCAGUGUCCGGCCCUCCAUCCUCCAAGAUUGGAGUGUUCUUGGAUUAUAAACCAGGGACUCUGUCCUUUUACAACGUCUCUGACUCGAUGACUCUGCUCCACGAAGAGCACACCACGUUCACUCAGCCUCUCUAUCCUGCCCUUGGGCUGAAACAGGGAAACGAUGGACAUUAUGCCGAACUGAUCAAGUUAUGGUGAUGAAGUUUAUAUUGGGGUGGUUAAUGUCUGCCACUGCUGUAAUUGGCUUUCCAUUAUAACUGAAUACCACACGGUAGAUGAGAGGAUGCCAUUUUAUAAAAGUGAAGAAUAAAA